GCAUUCUUUGUAUUCUGGUUUAGAGAACUUCUGCCCCAGCAGAAAGCAGAAUAAACAUUCGCAAUUUUUGUUACGCCCAUGAGAUAAAGGCGAUAAAAACUGAUACAAGCAGCAUCAAGAGAAUCGCGUGCAGAAUUUGAUUGCGAAUUCGAACCCGUGUCGUCGAAUGUGCAAGAAUAAAUCGAGCAAAACGAGCAUGACCCAAAGAAAAUAUUUACUUUAAAAUUUCGUAGGCAGUUCGGUUAGCGCGCACAUCGUGAAAUCAUCGCGCAGGCGCUCACCCAGUGAUGAUGGACAAAAUAAUUGUCCGUUCGUUCUCGUUCUUGCGAUGAAAAUCCGUCGAUUGUGGAACACUUCAGCCCCGGUCGGUUCUCUCUCGUCCUCAGCGACACUCUAAUCGGGCCCCCCGCGUUCUGCGAGGCCAUCCGGACAAUCAGCGAGGCGGAAUUGGCGACUCGAAAAAUCGGGAAUCCUCGAUCGGCUUUCAACGUAACAGAAAACUCGGGAAAGUUGGUAGUUACACGAAAAAAAAAAUGGUCUGAUUCGAGCGGAGCGUAGAAAAUUUUCGAAAGUUCAAUUCGGGUAUACAGCCAGGCACGAUGGUUUCGACGAGGCAAAUGACGAUAGGGAACAACGGGGCAGGCGAGAGCAAUCAGCCCCCCGUCGACGGGCCUGCUAAGUUCACCAGGAACAGCACCAACGCCAGUUGCAGCAGUACCGUGCAAUACAGCAAGUCGCCCGCAGCACCAGCAACUUCGACUUCAUCACAAGUGCAAUCGAUACAUUUCCUUGAUUUACCUCAAGAAGUUAUAGAGAAGAUAUUUAGUUACUUAAGAUUUAAGAAUAUCUGCCAGUUGAGGCUGGUGUGCAGUUCGGUGAAUCGCAUUUGCGGCCAAAUUCUCAACUCGAAUUUCCUGCGGCUGCAAAACCAAAUGUUGCAACGAUUCCAAGAGAUCAAGGCGAAGAUGCCGAGAAGGGAAUCGGCCCGCCGGAGCCACUACCUGGCCUGCGAGAGCGACAUCAUCGAGACGUUGCACAUGCGCCUCACCCUGUUGCAGAUGUCGUUCGGGAAGCACAUCGAACGGAAGCACUGCUGCUUCUUUCCCGGCGAGAUCUUGGACGAGGUGCUCGACAUUUUGCACUACAUCAAGGUGACGCCCAAACUGGAUCUGCCGUACAAAGUCACCGACGAGCUGUUCGAUUUGUCCACCAUGGCCAUGGAGUAUUUCAAGGAGAAAAUCGAGCCCAAUUUGCCCGAAAUCGCUUACUUUAGUUCGGACUUUUUGAAUUUUUCUGGUAGAUUUUCGAAUUCCUCCGCUCUUUUAUCGGAGACGACGAAAGACAGCGGUCACGCGUCGACUGACGAGCUGGAGAGCGGCGAAGACAUGGUGGAGACCAUUCCGCAGUCGAACAUGGUGCUGCGGAAGCGCAUCCGCAAGAUCAAGCAGGGCAUGAAACGGUACAAUAGCCAAUUGAGCCUGCUCAGGCAGGAUUUGCGAUCGUGCAAGAGGAAAACGUCCGAACAGCAGAAGCAAAUCUCCGAGCAACAGAAACAAUUGGCCGAUCAACAGAAGCAAGCUUUAGAAUACGCCACUCGUUUGGACGAUUACGAUAAGAAGAACGAGGAGAUUUCUCGCAAAUUUAGUACUUUAUUACAAGAAUUAAAUAAAUGCAAGACGGAGUUACAGUAUUGGAGGUGCAGGUCCCCUACCAAUUCGACGUUUUGCAAUAAUUGCGGUAACGCCAUUGUUCCCCAACCGGAAGAAAUUCAAGCGUUGAUGAUGAAUCAAAAUCAAGGAGCCAAUUCCGAUGGUUUAGGAAUCGAAACCGCCCCCGCUGAUACGGCAGAAAUGCAAAACACAGAGACUUGCGGUUCGUUGGAAGAGGAGCCGAGCACCGUGGAUAAUAAAUUAGCGACGUUAGAUCUGCCCAGCACGUCGAUAGAAUUACUUCCAGCCAAAGCGAAGCGAAAAGGGGACGAGGAAAAGGAGGAACAGCCGAAGAAGAAGACCCGUCGAUUUACGAAGUCGCGUAGCAAUCGCAGUGCGAAGGUUUAAAGUUUUUUUUAUUUUAUUUUAUUUUUCUUCGUAUUACAUCGGACCGAUUGAAUUUCUUUUCCGUUCGUUCGAGGGCAUACAAUUUGCGAAAUAUGCUUCAUUAUCCGUAGUCGAUGUGUAGCAAACCAGUUGUGAAAUAGAUUAGAAGAGUCAUUAGGGUUUUUUUUAGGGUAAGUGAACGAUCAUCGCUUAAAGAAAGUAAGUAAAGGGUGUGUUGUUUUUAAUCAAAAUGACGAUGAACUAAUCUCAAAUACGCACAUUGUAUAAAUCAAAAUGUUUGUAGAGGUUUUCGUGCUGGUUAUUUUAAUUUUAUAAAUUGAACGAUGCGAAUUUAUUUGAUCGGAUUAAUUCAAUUAAGAACUAGAUUGUAAUUAUCGAUUAAUAAGUCUCUCGAUGAUCUCAGAUAUUUUUUAUACGAAAUAUUAUAGGUGAAUGUAUUUUAAUAUGCCUGCUCUUUUACGAGCUUUUAACAUUGCACUGCUGCUUAUUACUUUUUUUUAAACAAACUACUAAAAUUUCUGCGUUACUUGAAUACAGGAUGGCUUGAAGAUCAUUAUAUUUCUAGUGAAAUAAUACAUCAUGUACACAUUACUUAUUAUACAGGGCGUUUUUUAAUAACAUGCUAACAUUUAAGGGGGUAAUUCUGGGAUUAAUACUUCGUGUGAAGUUUAUUUCUUAAAAUGGGCCCAUUAUCACCCAUUAAAUAUUAGUAUGUUACUAAGAAACAUCCUGUAUAAUAUACAGAUGAAUCUCGUCAAUUAAAUCACUUGUUUUACCUCAAAUUUUUAUCUUGCACGAUUCGAUAUUUCCAUUAAAUAGAUAGUUGUGUGUCAGGUGGCCCUACAAACAAUAUAAUCGAAACGCCCUUACUUCUUUAAGCAGUUAUUGUUGAGCGUCGUAGGGAUGUUAACUCGAGAAAUAACAAAAAACAUCGGGAGACUGGUUAUAAAAUAAAUGUGCAAAUAAAAUGAAUGUUUGCCCCCUCCCAUCCUUCCUUUUUUUGGUUCUCCGAUAAUUGUAGCUUUACCUUCACGCACUGCAAAACUCUUUCAAAAUCCUCCACUCUUUGAUAAAUGUGCGACUUGUUCAAUGAUCGGUAAUCUGGGGAUUGAACGCACAUUACCAAGUGUAUUUUACGUUUUAUAAUUUACAUCUUUUACUUUUAGUGAUUUUUAUUGUUUUUAAGCUUUUUAUCAAUUUUAAAUUAAUAACAUUUUUCUAGUUUUACAAAAAAUCGAGUAUGUAAUUUUUGUCUAUAAUUUAAAAAUAUCUAGAAAGCAUCCCUAGAUUUGCAUAAUUUGAAUAUUUGUCGCAUUUGACGUAGAAAGUACAAUAAUAAUAAUAAUAAUCAGCUUUAAGAAAUUAUUGCAAUCACUGUCUAAUGUAUAUUAUCUAUAUCCGUUGUUGUUUUUCAGCAUACUUAUAAUCUCAUUUUUAUUCUAACUAGAGAAAAUAAAUUAGAGAAUGCAUUUGAAAAUAGCAGCGGAUAUGUCUGAAGUGUCCAUAUUUUUGUAGCCAACACAAAACAAAUGUGUCUAGACACACACACAGCUUUUAUCUUUACCGAUUUUUAUAGAAUUUUCAAAUUGAUUUUGAUGAAACAAUAUUUUCGACGAAAAAGGAUUAAUCAUUAUUUUUGUCCAUUCGGGUUUAUUUUAGGUUGAAUUUUUUCGCAUGAAGGAUAUUCUUCGAAAAUAUUGCUUCGACCAAAAAUUUUACAGUACCUAAUUUAGUUGUAUAAAGUAAUUUUGUGGUCUAAACCACGUAGACUAAGUAAAUUUAUAGUUUAUUUCAUAUAAUAUGUUUAUUUGUUCAUUAAUUUUUUUCUUGUAUAGAUUUUAGAAAAAACUAAUUAAAUUUACUUGCGAUUUGCAAUGUUUAACGAUAUCAUUUUUUAUGAUUUUUCUAUUGAAAAAGAAUUAUCCGAUCCCUUUAAAAAAUAGGUAAUUAACAUUCUAAAAAGAUUUUUAUAUUUUUGUGGGAAAAAUUACUAAUAUUUAAAUUUAAUUUAAAAGAAGUGUCCUUUUGUUUAUUUUUAAUGAUUAGUAUAGGAAUG